UGUAUGAUAACUGUAAUACAAAACUAUACAAUAAUGAGUCAUUUGAAAUGAUCAGUCAUUUAAUCAUUUAAAGUAACAUUUUCGUGAAGAUCUUUGUUUUAUACCCUUAAUUGAUCCCAAAAAACGUGAUGUCUGAAUCAAACACUAUCCAAACGAUGGCACCGGUAGUGCCGAUCACCACAACCUUUUGCUUCAGAUACUUAUCGGAAAGCAAAUCCAUAAAACCCGAGACAAUUGUCUCACUCGUGAACCACGGCUUUGACUCCAUCUAUACACUAAUGGCCGUAGACGUGGACAAGGAUUUGGUCCGUUUGAGUGAUAUAUCAUUGGGACAAAGAUGUCUGUUAAGGAUUAUCAUCGCAGACCUCAUCAGACGGGUCGGGGAGGCGAAGGGCGCCAACAAGAGGGCCAUUAAGAGGAGGUCUGAAUUGGAUGAUAUCGUACAUCAAGUGAUUCUUCGAGUGAUGGCUUCUGAUUUGAUCGAUACAUCUGUUCCCAUAACCACUGCUCAAGACUUAAGUGAUAGCACUAAUAAUUUUCAGUGAUUUCAUCGCAAUCUUCCGGUGCUUUGAGGCGAUCCCAAAGAGCCCGCACUGUCACCAAGAUAUGGGACCUUUAAUUUGGUUGUGUUUUGUCUCAUCAAUGAAUUAUUUUAUUUUUUCAAACUUUAUUACCGCUAUAUUUUGUUCAAUAGUUGAAUCGACU